AACGGAAGACGAAUAGCCAUGCAGAGAAAGCCGAGAAAAAUCAGUCAAAAUGCUACACAAAUUAAAUAAGAACAUUCUGUCACUGACGUUAGUGCAGAUCGCAACAGAAAACUGAAGCUCUGCAAUUGGAGUACGAAUGUGUGACAAGAGGAUCGAGUAGAUAUAUAAUUUUUUUUUCGCAACUUACUGAGAUUGCCGCCAUAUGUUAAUGAACUGAACAAAAUGGGUUUGAUUUCGAGCUGGGGGCAACUUUUGCUGGUGUUGCUGUUGGUUGUGGGCCUAUCGUUGGGUCUUCCGAGCUUGGAAAAUCAGACGCACGAACAAAUCGAACAGAUAAUAGCCUGCAGACAGCCCAAGGCACCUGGUUUGUGUCGAGGUCACCAGUUGCGAUAUGCCUACAAUAAGAAGACCGGGAACUGCGAGAGCUUCAUCUACACGGGCUGCGCCUCCACCGAGAACAAUUUCCUGACCUUCGAGGAGUGUCGCAGGGAUUGCAUGCAACGUCUGCGCUACUGAAGUCCUUUUUAAUGAUGCUUAAUAUAUAUUUGUUGUCACAGAAAUUGUCAAGUCAUGUGUAAAUCUUAGUGGACUACGA